AUGGGAGCUUCUACUUUGCUUCAUCCUCUUGAUCCCAUCUCUCCCACGGAAAUUCGCACAGCCUCCAACAUCCUGAUCAAAGUUGUGGACUUACUCGAACCCCCGAAGAACGAGGUUCUAGCCUGGAUAGCGAACAGUGCUAUUUCUGUCGACAGGUGUGCGAGGGUAUACUACCAUGUGGCUACGUCACCUCACCUAUGGAAAGCGGUUAUCAACGUCAUCCGUUGUGUUGUUGUAUCGCAGGAAGAGCUUCGUGACGCUCAAGGACCAGUCGACUAUACCGAGUGGGAACGUGUCCACAAUGCAUGCAAUACGCAUCCCGAUGUGCUUACCGAGAUCGGAAAGCUGAAGCUCCCAGAGGGUGCCAAAGUUGUCAAUGACCCCUGGUCGUACGGUACGGACGACGGUGAAGAGAGAAGACGCAUGUUCCAAUGCUACAUGUACAUCGUGUUGAAUGACGAUCCUGAAGCGAACCAUUACUCACUCCCUGCGCCAUUCUCACCGGUUUUCGACGCUCACACCCUCGAGCUUUGUUGGAUCGAUUUUCUCCCAUUAGGCACUGGCAGCGAGAUUACCGAGACACAACCCUGGAACGCCGCUCAUCCUGUCGAGUACUCGGAGCGGAUUUUGGGCAGCGAAUACUUCAGACAGGAUCUAAAACCCCUCCAGAUAUUGCAACCGGAAGGCCCUUCGUUCACAGUCAAAGGCCAUCGCAUCGCAUGGCAGAAGUGGGACUUCCAUCUUGGCUGGAACUUACGAGAAGGUCCAGUUCUAAACAAUGUCACGUACGGCGGUAGAUCGUUAUUCUACUGCGUCUCAAUGAGUGAGAUGACUGUGCCCUAUGGCGAUCCACGAACGCCUUACCACCGCAAGCAAGCCUUUGACCUUGGUGACUCAGGCUUUGGUCUGACAUCCAACACACUGGAACUGGGCUGCGACUGCCUAGGGCACAUCCAUUACUUUGACGGAUUCAGGUGCGAUGCGCAAGGAAGUCCAGUGCUGAUGAACAAUGUUGUCUGUAUGCAUGAGGUCGACCAGGGCAUUGGCUGGAAGCACACAAAUUUCCGCAACAACAAUUCUUCGGUCGUCCGGGACCGGCAACUCGUCCUUCAAUACACAGCUACAGUUGCUAACUAUGAAUACAUUCUGGCCUUCAUCUUCGAUCAAGCCGCCAGCUUGCAUAUUGAAGUCAAGGCCACGGGCAUUGUGUCUACUAUGCCUUCGAGGCAGGGCGUCCAACACGAAUGGGGCACCACAGUAGCUCCCGGCGUUAUGGCUGCCAAUCAUCAGCAUUUGUUUAACGUUAGGAUUAACCCGGCACUUGAUGGACAGAGAAAUAGCAUCAUUUACGAGGACUGUAUUCCUGUCGCCAGUUCAGAUCCAGAGCUAGAUCCGUUUGGGAACGCCUUCCGUGUAAAGCCUACUACCAUUACACAGCCAGGAGGUUAUCAGCUGGAUGUCGCAAAAUCACGGGUCUACAAGAUCAUCAACCCUGAUCACAUCAACCAGAUUUCUGGGAAACCGGUCGGGUACAAGCUGCAUAGUAUCCCUUCCCAGAUGAUCAUGAUGGGUCCAUCCACGUUCAACUACAAGCGAGGCGUUUUCGCUAGCAGGCCAAUUUGGGUCACGAAGUAUAGGGACGACGAACUGUACGCUGCCGGGGAAUUUACCAAUCAGAGCCGCGAAGAUACAGGUUUAGCCGUCUGGAGCGAGAGAAAGGAGAACGUCGAGAACGAAGAUGUAGUGCUAUGGCAUACAUUUGGGCUAACACACGUGACAAGACCUGAAGACUUCCCGGUCAUGCCUGCUGAGAAGAUGAUGGUCUCGCUGAAACCUACAAGCUUCUUCGAGGUCAAUCCAUCAAACGAUGUCCCGCGGUCGAACCAGAAGUUCAACAAGUCGAGGCUCACUGAUUGCAGUGGCUGCCAGAGGAAUGAUUUGCGUAUUUGA